AUGGGUCUCGCUUUUUCCAAGUUGUUCGAUAAGUUGUGGGGGAAGAAGGAGAUGCGAAUUCUCAUGGUCGGUCUCGAUGCCGCCGGUAAAACCACCAUUCUCUACAAGCUCAAGCUUGGUGAGAUUGUCACUACUAUCCCUACCAUCGGCUUCAACGUCGAGACCGUCGAGUACAAGAACAUUCAGUUCACCGUCUGGGAUGUCGGUGGUCAGGACAAGAUCCGUCCCCUCUGGAGACACUACUUCCAGAACACCCAGGGUAUCAUCUUUGUCGUCGAUAGCAACGAUCGUGACCGUAUCGUUGAGGCCCGCGAAGAGCUUCAGCGCAUGCUCAACGAGGACGAGCUCCGCGACGCCAUUCUCCUGGUCUUUGCCAACAAGCAGGAUCUUCCCAACGCCAUGAACGCUGCCGAAAUCACCGACAAGCUCGGCCUUCACAGCUUGAGACAUCGCGGCUGGUACAUUCAGUCCACCUGCGCCACCUCUGGAGAUGGCCUCUACGAGGGUCUCGAGUGGCUUGCCACCACCCUCCGCAAGGCUGGCCAUCAGUAG